CCCCCCCCUUCCAGUCCGGACACUUUCCCCCCCUUCCAGUCCGGACACUUUCACCUCCUUCCAGUCCGGACACUUUCACCGCCUUCCAGUCCGGACACUUUCACCGCCUUCCAGUCCGGACACUUUCACCGCCUUCCAGUCCGGACACUUUCACCCCCCUUCCAGUCCGGACACUUUCACCGCCCUUCCAGUCCGGACACUUUCACCCCCUUCCAGUCCGGACACUUUCACCCCCUUCCAGUCCGGACACUUUCACCCCCCCUUCCAGUCCGGACACUUUCACCCCUUCCAGUCCGGACACUUUCACCCCCUUCCAGUCCGGACACUUUCCCCCCCCUUCCAGUCCGGACACUUUCCCCCCCUUCCAGUCCG